AUGACAACUUUGGUUCCUAUAAGCAAUGAAACCCAGUUGCUAAUUCAAAGUAUAUGUGCAUCUGUAAUAAAGGGUAGCUGGAACAAUCUUUUGAGACCUAAAUUUGGCUCUAAGAAUCACCAUCUCAUUGCAGCAACAGCAACAAUCCGGCAGGUACUUUUGCAACUCUCUUUAUAUGACCAAAGUCCUUGUCUUUCAUGGGCUUUCUUUAAGUGGAUUGAAUAUUCAGUUCCUAACUAUAAACAUUCGUUACCAUCGUCAUGGACAAUGCUUUAUAUUUUGACAAAGCAUAAACAUUUCAAGACUGCUCAUACUUUGCUUGAAACGAUUGCUUUUAAGGAUUUUUUGUCAACUCAAUCUGUUUUGAGUUCAUUAGUGAAGAUUCAUGAUGACCCAGAUGUGAAUUCUCAUGUUUUGAGUUGGCUUGUGAUAGUUUAUGGGAAUUCUAAGAUGAACCAGGAGGCUAUUCAGGUUUUUGAGCAUAUGAGAGUGAAUGGGUUUAGGCCACAUUUGCAUGCUUGUACUGUGUUGUUGAAUUCGUUGGCUAAGGAUAGGUUAACCGAUACGGUGUGGAAAAUCUAUAAGAAGAUGGUUAGACUUGGGGUUGUAGCUAAUACUCAUGUGUAUAAUGUGUUGGUUCAUGCUUGUUGUAAGUCUGGGGAUGUGGAGAAAGCGGAUAAGGUUUUGAGUGAAAUGGAAUUGAAGUGUGUUUUCCCGGAUCUUUUCACGUACAAUACGUUGAUUUCACUGUAUUGUAAAAAAGGUAUGCAUUAUGAAGCCUUGUGUGUUCAAGAUAGGAUGGAAAGGACUGGAAUUAGUCCUGACAUUAUUACUUAUAAUUCACUUAUUUAUGGGUUUUGUAGAGAAGGUAGAAUGAGAGAGGCUGUGAGCCUUUUUAGGGAUAUCAAGGAUGUUGUUCCUAACCAUGUGACUUAUACUACUUUGAUUGAUGGAUAUUGUAGAGUAAAUGACCUCGAUGAGGCUUUGAGAUUGCGGGAUGUGAUGGUGGAAAAGGGGCUGUAUCCGAAUGUUAUUACUUACAAUUCAAUUCUGCGCAAGUUGUGUGAGGGAUGCAGGAUAAGAGAUGCAAAUAUACUGUUGAAUGAGAUGAGUGAAAAGAAGAUUGAACCAGAUAAUGUCACUUGUAACACAUUGGUUAAUGCCUACUGCAAGAUAGGUGAUAUGAGGUCUGCUUUAAAAGUGAAGGACAAGAUGGUGGAGGCUGGGUUAAAGCUAGACCAGUUUACUUACAAGGCAUUGAUCCAUGGAUUCUGUAAGGAAAAGGAGAUUGAUAAGGCUAAAGAGCUCUUGUUUGUUAUGCUGGAUGCCGGAUUUUCACCUAGUUAUUGCACCUAUUCAUGGCUUGUAGAUAGUUAUUGCAAACAACACAAGGAAGAGGCAGUCAUCAAACUUCCAGAUGAUCUUAUAAGAAGAGGUUUGUGUGUUGAUGUCUCAGUGUACAGGGCACUAAUAAGGAGGUUUUGUAAAAGAGAAAAGAUUGAUUGUGCUCAAAGAGUACUUGGUCUUAUGAAAGAGAAGCGUAUAUUUGGAGAUAGUGUCGUAUACACAAGUUUGGCGUAUGCUUACUGGAAACUGGGAAAAGUAGAUGUUACUUCAGAUAUUUUAGAUGAAAUGUACAAGAAAAGGCUGAUGAUCACUCUCAAAAUCUAUAGAUCUAUGAAUGCUUCUUAUGCUGGUGACAGCAGCAUCUUAAGUCUCUUCUGGAAUCAUGUGCUUGAGAGACGCCUGAUGUCAAAGAAUAUAUUGAAAGAUAUGCAGUAG